AUGAUGUCCGAGCAGCAACAACAGAUGAGGUUGAACUUGAGGAAGAGAAAUGAUCAUAGUAGCAGAUCAACCCACAUAGAAGAAGAUGAAGAAAAACUUCAAAUUGUUGAUCUAAGUGGGAUGUCUUUGGAGUGUAUUCCAGAGUCUUUAACAGCAAGACUCUUGAAUGUGGUUGUGUUGGAUGUGCAUUCCAAUCAGCUCAAAUCCCUUCCAAAUUCAAUUGGAUGUUUGUCAAAGCUCAAGAUUUUGAAUGUAGCAGGCAAUCUUCUCCAAUCACUUCCUCAGACCAUCGAAAAUUGUAGAUUGAUAUUAAGCCAAAUCCCAGACACUAUCGGAUUUGAGCUUCUCAGCCUCAAAAAGCUUUCUGUCAAUUCAAACAAGCUUGUAUUCCUUCCUCAUUCCACCUCCCACUUAACCAAUCUACGAGUUUUAGAUACACGUCGUAAUUGCCUUCGAUCCCUUCCAGAAGAUCUCGAAAACCUUAUCAACCUACAAGUCCUCAACAUUAGCCAAAAUUUCAAGUACUUGACAACCCUUCCAUAUUCCAUAGGCCUCCUCAUUUCUCUAGUCGAAUUGGAUGUAAGCUACAACAAAAUCACAGCCUUACCCGAGUCCAUUGGUUGCCUCAAGAAGCUCCAGAAGCUCAGCGUUGAAGGAAAUCCACUCGUAUCACCUCCAAUGGACAUUUUCGAGCAGGGAUUGCUGAUGGUGAAAGAGUACCUGUGUGAGAAAAUAAAUGGAUCUCAUAAGAACUCCCCAAAGAAAAAAUCAUGGUUUGGAAAGUUGGCAAAAUGUAGUACUUUCAGUGGUGCGAACUUACCCCUUGAUGAUAGAGAAGGGUACAUAAUGCAGAAUUAUAGGUCCAUUGAACACCUGGCAUCACCUAGAUAUAUGGGAAUGUUUUCUCCAAAAAGUUUAUUUUCACCAAAAUCCUACCGUUCUAGAUGA